AUGAUCAGCUCUCCAUUCAUGGUUGUCUACGGAAAUCUCCUGCUCAUAUUACAGUACAUAUGGAGUUUUGAACUCCCUGAAAUUAAAAAGGUCCCGGGAUUUUUAGAAAAGAAAGAGCCAGGGGAACUUGCCUCAAAGAUCCUUUUCACCAUUACGUUUUGGCUGUUGCUGAGACAGCACCUCACAGAGCAAAAAGCUCUCCAAGAAAAGGAAGCUCUUCUGUCUGAGGUCAAAAUCGGAAGUCAGGAAAAUGAAGAAAAAGAUGACGAACAGGACAUACAGGUGGAUGGGGAGGCCCAGGAGAAGAAGGAAGAAGAGGAGGCAAAGGAGGAGAAGCAGGAGCAGAAGAAGGAGGAGGACGACGACAACGAGCAGGACAUCAUGAAGGUGCUGGGUAACCUGGUGGUGGCCUUGUUCAUCAAGUACUGGAUCUACGUCUGUGGAGGCAUGUUCUUCUUCGUCAGCUUCGAGGGCAAAAUCGUGAUGUACAAGAUCAUCUACAUGGUGCUCUUCCUGUUCUGUGUGGCCCUGUAUCAGGUGCACUAUGAGUGGUGGAGACGGAUCCUGAAAUAUUUCUGGAUGUCGGUGGUUAUCUACACGAUGCUGGUGCUCAUCUUUAUAUACACAUAUCAGUUUGAAAACUUCCCGGGCCUGUGGCAAAACAUGACGGGAUUGAAAAAAGAAAAGCUGGAGGACCUCGGCUUAAAACAGUUCACGGUGGCUGAGCUGUUCACGCGCAUAUUCAUCCCCACGUCCUUCUUGCUGGUGUGCAUCCUGCACCUGCACUACUUCCACGACCGCUUCCUGGAACUCACGGACCUGAAGUCCAUUCCCAGCAAGGAAGACAGCACCAUCUACAGACUGGCCCACCCCGAGGGAAGCCUUCCGGACCUCGCCAUGAUGAAGCCGACCGCCAGCUUGGAGGUGGCGGAAGCCAAGCAGCUGGCGGGACCUGGGGAGGAGAAGCCGGGGGGAUGCCCUGCAAAGGCCAAGAAGGGCGAGCUCGGCAAGGACAGUGAGGAAGAGGACGACGAGGAGGAGGAAGAGACGUCAGAUCUGAGGAACAAGUGGCACCUGGUGAUAGACCGCCUCACGGUGCUGUUCCUGAAGUUCCUGGAGUGUUUCCACCAGCUGCAGACGUUCCUGUGGUGGAUCCUGGAGCUUCACAUCAUCAAGAUCGUCUCCUCCUACAUCAUCUGGGUGUCCGUGAAAGAGGUGUCUCUGUUCAACUAUGUAUUUUUGAUUUCUUGGGCUUUUGCUCUGCCGUACACCAAGCUCCGCCGCCUGGCUUCAAGUGUCUGCACUGUCUGGACAUGUGUGAUCAUUGUCUGCAAAAUGUUGUACCAGCUGCAGACCAUUAAGCCUGAAAACUUUUCUGUCAACUGUUCCUUGCCAAAUGAAAACCAAACGAAUAUACCCCUGCAGCAGCUGAACAAGUCUCUGCUCUACAGCGCCCCCAUUGACCCAGCAGAGUGGGUCGGCCUGAGGAAGUCCUCUCCUUUGCUUGUCUACCUGAGGAACAACCUCCUGAUGCUGGCCAUUCUGGCCUUUGAGGUCACCAUCUACCGCCAUCAGGAGUAUUAUCGCGGUCGGAACAACCUCACAGCCCCCGUGUCUAAAACCAUCUUUCACGACAUUACGAGACUCCACCUUGAUGAUGGACUUGUCAAUUGUGCCAAGUAUUUCAUCAAUUAUUUCUUCUACAAGUUUGGUCUGGAGACCUGUUUCCUCAUGUCAGUUAAUGUGAUCGGACAGCGGAUGGAUUUCUACGCCAUGAUUCAUGCCUGCUGGCUGAUUGCCGUCUUGUACCGGCGCCGAAGGAAAGCCAUCGCGGAGAUCUGGCCCAAGUACUGUUGCUUCCUGGCCUGCAUCAUCACCUUCCAGUACUUCAUCUGCAUCGGCAUCCCUCCCGCCCCAUGCCGAGAUUACCCCUGGAGGUUCAAGGGCGCCAGCUUCAAUGACAACAUCGUCAAGUGGCUGUAUUUCCCAGACUUCAUCGUGCGGCCCAACCCCGUGUUCCUCGUGUAUGACUUCAUGCUGCUUCUGUGCGCCUCCCUACAACGGCAGAUUUUCGAGGAUGAAAACAAGGCCGCCGUGCGGAUCAUGGCAGGUGACAAUGUGGAGAUCUGCAUGAACCUGGAUGCGGCCUCGUUCAGUCAGCACAACCCCGUCCCCGACUUCAUCCACUGCAGAUCGUACCUGGACAUGUCCAAAGUGAUCAUCUUCAGCUAUCUCUUCUGGUUCGUGCUCACAAUCAUCUUCAUCACCGGGACGACCAGGAUCAGCAUCUUCUGCAUGGGUUACCUGGUGGCCUGCUUCUACUUCCUGCUCUUCGGGGGCGAUUUGCUGCUAAAGCCCAUCAAGAGCAUCCUGCGGUACUGGGACUGGCUGAUCGCAUACAACGUCUUUGUGAUCACGAUGAAAAACAUACUGUCGAUAGGAGCAUGCGGCUAUAUUGAAAAGUUGGUUCAAAAUAGUUGCUGGUUGAUCCAAGCUUUCAGCCUGGCCUGCACAGUCAAGGGCUACAAAAUGCCUGAUGAUGAUUCCUCGUGUAAACUACCGAGCGGGGAAGCAGGGAUUAUUUGGGACAGCAUAUGCUUUGCCUUCCUUCUGCUGCAGAGAAGAGUUUUCAUGAGUUACUAUUUCCUGCACGUCGUGGCGGAUAUAAAAGCUUCACAGAUCCUGGCUUCGAGGGGGGCUGAACUUUUCCAGGCCACGAUUGUAAAGGCUGUAAAGGCAAGAAUUGAGGAAGAGAAAAAGUCCAUGGACCAGCUUAAGAGGCAGAUGGAUCGCAUCAAGGCCAGGCAACAGAAAUACAAAAAGGGUAAGGAGAGGAUGCUGAGCUUGACUCAGGAGUCAGGGGAAGGCCAGGACAUCCAAAAACUCUCUGAAGAGGAUGAUGAAAGAGAAGCAGACAAACAGAAAGCCAAGGGCAAAAAAAAGCAGUGGUGGCGGCCUUGGGUUGAUCAUGCUUCCAUGGUCAGGAGUGGAGAUUACUAUUUGUUUGAAACGGACAGUGAAGAGGAGGAAGAGGAAGAAUUAAAAAAGGAGGAUGAAGAGCCUCCACGAAAGUCAGCUUUCCAGUUUGUUUAUCAAGCGUGGAUUACUGACCCUAAAACAGCACUCCGACAGAGGCGCAAAGAGAAAAAAAGAUCUGCAAGAGAAGAACAGAAAAGAAGGAGAAAAGGAUCUGGGGACGGUCCUGUGGAGUGGGAAGACCGGGAGGAUGAACCGAUCAAGAAGAAGUCUGAUGGACCAGAUAAUAUCAUCAAGAGGAUAUUUAAUAUUCUGAAGUUCACCUGGGUCCUGUUUCUGGCGACCGUGGACAGUUUCACAACGUGGUUGAACUCCAUCUCCAGGGAGCACAUCGACAUCUCCACCGUCCUGAGGAUCGAGAGGUGCAUGCUGACCAGAGAGAUUAAAAAGGGCAACGUCCCCACCCGGGAGAGCAUCCACAUGUACUAUCAGAACCACAUCAUGAACCUUUCCAGAGAGUCGGGACUGGACACCAUCGAUGACCGUCCUGGUGCCACCGCAGGUAUACAGACAGCCCAUAGGAUGGACAGCUUAGAUUCCCACGACAGCAUCUCCAGUGAGCCCACGCAGUGCACGAUGCUGUACUCGCGCCAGGGGACCACAGAGACCAUAGAGGAGGUGGAGGCCGAGCAGGAUGAGGAGGUGCCUGAGGACACCCAGUCCCCGCAGGACCCCACGCAGGACGGCGAAGUGGAGGCCCCGCCGUCCUACAGCAAGGCCGUCAGCUUGGAGCGCCUGUCUUUUGACUCCCGGGACGACUCGGGGGGCCAGACCCACAUGGCGGUCAGCCCCGACGACAGCCGCUCAGACCGCCUGGAGGCCAGCAUUCUGCCACCCCUGACCCAUGAGCUGACAGCCAGCGAGCUACUGCUGAACAAGAUGUUCCAUGACGAUGAGCUGGAAGAGUCAGAGAAGUUCUACGUUGGGCAGCCCCGCUUCCUGCUGCUGUUCUACGCCAUGUACAACACGCUGGUGGCCCGCUCGGAGAUGGUGUGCUACUUCGUCAUCAUCCUCAACCACAUGGUCUCUGCCUCCGUGAUCACACUCGUGCUGCCCAUCCUGAUCUUCCUCUGGGCCAUGCUGUCCGUCCCCCGGCCCAGCAGACGCUUCUGGAUGAUGGCCAUCGUCUACACAGAGGUGGCAAUUGUGGUCAAGUAUUUCUUCCAGUUUGGGUUCUUUCCCUGGAACAAGAAUGUGGAAUUGAACAAAGACAAGCCUUACCACCCACCCAAUAUCAUCGGGGUGGAGAAGAAGGAGGGCUACGUUCUCUACGACCUCAUCCAGCUGCUGGCCCUCUUCUUCCACCGGUCCAUCCUGAAGUGCCACGGCCUGUGGGACGAAGAUGACAUCGCAGACAGUGGCUCUGACGAGGUGGGCUCAGACGACGCGCUGUCCCUCAGCCACGAUAGGAGGGGUUCCUCCGACUCCCUGAAGUCCAUCAACCUGGCCGCGUCCGUGGAGUCGGUGCACGUGACCUUCCCCGAGCAGCCGGCCGCCAUCAGGAGGAAGCGCUCCAGCAGCGGCUCCCAGACGUCCCAGGACUCCAGCUUUUCCUCCAAUAGGUCCAAGAGAGGCAGCACAAGCACCCGAAACAGCAGCCAGAAAGGAAGCAGUGUUGUGAGCGGCAAGCAAAAAAGCAGACGGGAACUUUACGUGGAGAAGCUUCGAGAACACUUAAUCAAAGCAAAAGCGUUUACCAUAAAGAAGACCCUGCAGCUCUACGUGCCCAUCAGACAGUUCUUCUACGACCUCAUCCACCCCGACUACAGCGCCGUGACCGACGUGUACGUGCUCAUGUUCCUGGCAGACACCGUCGACUUCGUCAUCAUCGUCUUCGGCUUCUGGGCCUUUGGGAAACAUUCAGCCGCGGCCGACAUCACCUCCUCGCUGUCGGAGGACCAGGUCCCGGGGCCCUUCUUGGUGAUGGUCCUCAUUCAGUUCGGCACCAUGGUGGUGGACCGGGCACUGUACCUCAGGAAGACGGUGCUGGGGAAGGUCAUCUUCCAGGUCAUCCUGGUGUUCGGGAUUCACUUCUGGAUGUUCUUCAUCUUGCCUGGUGUGACCGAGAGGAAAUUCAGCCAGAACCUGGUCGCCCAGCUUUGGUACUUCGUGAAAUGCGUGUAUUUCGGGUUGUCCGCCUACCAGAUCCGCUGCGGCUACCCAACGCGGGUCCUCGGAAACUUCCUCACCAAGAGCUACAACUACGUCAAUCUCUUCUUGUUUCAAGGGUUCCGCCUCGUCCCUUUUCUGACGGAGCUGAGGGCCGUGAUGGACUGGGUGUGGACAGACACGACCCUGAGCCUGUCCAGCUGGAUCUGUGUGGAGGACAUCUAUGCUCACAUAUUCAUCCUCAAGUGUUGGCGGGAGUCGGAAAAAAGGUACCCGCAGCCCCGGGGGCAGAAGAAGAAGAAGGUGGUCAAGUACGGGAUGGGGGGGAUGAUCAUCGUCCUGCUCAUCUGUAUUGUCUGGUUCCCUCUGCUCUUCAUGUCUCUGGUCAAAUCUGUCGCCGGGGUCAUCAACCAGCCCCUGGACGUCUCGGUCACAAUUACCCUGGGCGGGUACCAGCCUAUUUUCACAAUGAGUGCCCAGCAAAGCCAGCUGAAAGUUAUGGACCAGCCAAAGUUUAAUAAAUUUAUUAAAGCUUUUUCUAAGGACACUGGUGCUAUGCAAUUUCUGGAAAAUUAUGAAAAAGAAGACAUAACAGUAGCAGAACUGGAAGGAAACUCAAAUUCUUUGUGGACCAUCAGCCCUCCCAGUAAGCAGAAAAUGAUACACGAGCUCAUGGAUCCCAAUAGUAGCUUCUCUGUUGUUUUUUCAUGGAGUGUGCAGAGAAACAUGAGUCUGGGUGCAAAAGCCGAAAUAGCAACAGAUAAGCUUUCUUUUCCUCUUAAAAAUACGACACGAGAGCACAUUGCUAAAAUGAUAGCUGGCAACAACACAGAAAGUUCCAAAACGCCAGUGACCAUAGAAAGGAUUUACCCAUACUACGUGAAAGCACCCAGUGACUCUAACUCCAAACCCAUAAAGCAACUUUUAUCUGAAAAUAAUUUCAUGAACAUCACCAUUAUUCUGUCCAGAGACAAUACAACUAAAUCCAACAGUGAGUGGUGGGUUCUCAACUUGACUGGGAAUAGAAUCUACAACCAGCAUGCACAGGCCCUGGAGCUGGUGGUCUUCAAUGACAAGGUCAGCCCCCCAAGCCUGGGGUUCCUGGCCGGCUACGGGUAAGGAACCAUUUCACCAUUAACAGUUACGAGAUCCCACUUAUGUAUCACACCAAGUUGAGGAUGGCAAGUCUUUUAUCUUCUUAGAAUUCUAAAAUUCUAUAGCUGCAUUAUUAGAAUUCACAGAUCCUUGGCCCUUCAUUUUAUUUUAUUUAUUUUUAAAUUUUAUUGAAGUCUAGUUGAUUUACAGUGUUGUGUUAAUUUCUUCUGUACAGCAAAGUGACUCAGUUAUUCAUAUAUAUAUAUUUUUUUUUUUUUCUUUCCAUUAUGGUUUGUCACAGGGCCCUUCGUUCUAAAAACUGAGGAACCAGAGUCCCAAAGAAGUCAAAAAUGCCUUGUGUGAGUCCCACCACCAAGCAUAGGACCAGAAGCCAUAUUUCCAGCUUCUUAACUAUUCCUUCCUGUUACAGCACAGUUUAGUGCAAUUCAGGGCUUAAACUAGAAAUAGGCAGAGUUCUCUCUUUUCUGCUAACAUUGCCUUCUGACCUGAACAGAUGGAGAGUCAGGUAGAAAUCACAGUUUGGGACAUACCCGAUGUUACCAUUUCUCCAUGUUCUGACACUUCAACCCUAGGACAGGCACACCCCCUACAAGAUGCUAGUACAAAGUUUUCUUCUUCCCAGAACGAGCCUCUUAAGAAAUCACUGUCUAUCCAGAAUUUUAUUAUAAACAUGAAUCCCUGAGAAAGUCCUGGGUACAGAAAAGUGUAUAAAAUAAUUGCAUUUCUAUCACAUAUAUAUAUUUUUAACAUCUUUAUUGGAUUAUAAUUGCUUUAUAAUGGUAUGUUAGUUUCUGCCUUAUAACAAAGU